UGCGCUUUGUUUCGGUAAUAAAUAGUAAUUGAAAAACUUCGAUAAUGCUGCUUCUGCUUCUCCUAGUUUUCAUUGGUGGAGGUGAUGCCAUCGCCAGGUUUUACCUGUUGAAUCGGCAAUCGCCAGAGUCGAAGACGGAAAUCACUGAUGAGAAUUUGCAUUUGGUGAACGCUAAUCUCACCGUCAAGUUCAUUAUUCACGGAUGGCUAGAGAGUUACGAAAGGCAAUGGUACACGGACAUGACGAGAGCUUAUCUGCUGCGGUACGAUUGCAAUGUGAUCCAGGUGGAUUGGAAGGAAGAGGCGGCGCAAUUAUACUCGGUCUCGGUGCAAAACACUAAGAUAAUCGGUGAUAGCGUCGGAGAUUUCAUCGUGAAGCUGAACAAGAACCUGGGUUUGGGCUUGGAGAAGGUGCACGUGGUGGGGCAUUCUCUGGGAGGGCAGGUGAGCGGCUUUGCGGGGAAGGAGGUGCUGCGUUUGAUGGGCAAGAAGAUCGACAGGAUCAGCGGCCUGGAUCCGGCUGGACCUGAAUUCGAGGGGAAGGAUACGACGGAGAGAUUGUACGUCGGCGAUGCCAACUUCGUUGAUAUCACUCAUACGGAUCGUGGUGUCUUCGGGUACAAAGAAUCGAUUGGAACUGUUGAUUUCAUGCCCAACGGAGGUGACAGGAGACAGCCUGGAUGCACUCUCUUAGAGCACGACAAUCAACUUACUUUGGUUCAAGACAUAUUUUGCAGCCAUAUCCACAGUUACCUCUACUUCAUACAGUCCAUAAACGAUAAAUCCCAAAUUGCCUACAAAUGCAACAAUUAUCUGAACUACAAAAUAAACCUUUGUUCGAUGAACGAGAAGACCAUCUACGGAGAAGACGUGGACAGAAACGCCGCCGGCACGUUCUACUUCAGAACCACCGCUGCAGCUCCGUACUUUACGUAAUUCCCGACCAGAAAUACAUGAAUAUAACGACUAUUCAACCAAUGCACCAAACUCCUGUUCUCUUUCCCAAAAGUAUAAUUGAAAACAAUGUUAAAUCUUACAUAAUAAAUGUGCAGCGGGUUAUCUCAAAUUGCAAAUUCUCCAAAUACAACAACGUUUAUUUACAUUAAAUAAAAUAUAUUGUCUCUUUA